UCGUUCCACGGUUCGGCAUUGUGUUUCGGGAACCACGCAACAUCGGGAUUAGUAAAGGCAAGACGCAUUAAAUAAAGUGUUGCACCGAGUGCUCCCAUUCCGACGGCAAAGAACAAUGGAAUUAGCUGAUAAAAGACAGAAGAUACCGUUACGUUAUUAUAAUGUUACUAUCGUAAUACGUAAUACGAUCAUUUCGAUCGUUCGAUUUUCUUACCGACGGAUUUUUUUUAAUACUGGCUGCGGUCAGACCGUCCAUUCUAGCCAUUUUGACGAAUUCAAGCACUAGAACAACGUUCCUCGGUGCGUAGUGACUUCAGGUUCGCUUGCUGCAACACUUCUACUACGCAAAACGAAUGGCAAACGUAAAACGAAAUACCUUAAAGUUUAUACAUAGAAUCUGUGUCACGACUCGAUGCGAUACGGUCGAAACAUUAUGUCGUUUUCACACGUUACUCGAUCGCCGUAACGCGAACGAAUGCUGGUUUUAUUUCUUCUUUAUGUUUAAUGCGACAUCGGAAGAAGGUAGUCUGAGCAACAUUAUUACUCGCAAUACAAUUAGUUGAUAAUUAUUCACGAAUAUAAUAUAACACGGAUACUUACGGUCUUAUACACGUAUACCAUAUUCGCAAGUUCUAUUCACAAGUGCCUGUAAGUUAGCUUGUAAUUCGAUCAGAGAUUGUUUAUAAAACAGAGUAUGAGAUACUUGGUUGUAGAUUUUCAAUAAAUUCCGCAUUAUAGACGAUUGAAAUGAUUAUCUUACGAUGAAUGAAAAUGAUAAAUUAUUGAAGAUUGUUGGCGUUUUCAAAGAAAUACAAAGAACAAUUAAUAGAAGUAUUUACACCAUAGAAUCAACCUUCUCUAUCGAUAAUUACUUCAUGAUGGUAUUUCGUGAGUAAAAAUUGAUUUUUACAAUUUGAGGUCUGUAUAAAUAUAAAUGUUGAUCUCAGCCACCUGAGCGAAUAUGAAGAUGCGCGAGAGACGAAACGAAUAAUCGGUACGUAAAGUAUUGCUUGAAAUGUGGUGUUUCACCGAGCAGUUCGUUAACAUUCAUUGGACCGAUUGACUAUCAAUGUCAGCGUAUCCGUCGAACACAAGAAUGAAUUUCUGUUCAUGACAUAUUCAAAGAAGUCAAUAAGGCGGUGAUAUUCUCUAUUCCGAACGAUAAGCGGGAUGGGGUUUUCUACAAGUCUGCAAGGACAAGCGUUCCACGAGGCUUUGCUCGGUCGUCAGGAUGCUGAGAUUAAGCUUUUGGAAACGAUGAAACGAUGUUUAACGAUGAAAAUAAAAUCAGACCGCGAAUAUGCUUCGACAAUUUCUUCCCUGGCGGUCCAAGGAAAGAAGAUUGAGCGCAACGAAGAUCUCAUCGGUAGUCUCAUAGCACAGAGUUGGAGAGAUAUUAUGGACUCUGUCGAUCAAACGGCCAAGUUAAUCAAACAACAAGCGGAUCAGGUCGAGUCUGUGGCGGUAGAACACAUUACGACGUUGUGCUCGGAAAGAAGGAAAGCUAGGAAAUUAUAUCAGGAAGAACAAACAUGGUUAAAUAACCAGUUUCAACAGUUAACCGAAGACGUUGCCAGAAAGAAAUUGGAAUAUCAGAAGAAUCUGGAAAUGUACAAGUUAAUGAGAUCCCGCUUUGAAGAAUAUUAUGUUAAAUGCAGAGUUGGCAGGAAGUUGGACGAAGUAAGAGAGAAAUAUCAGAAAGCCUGUAGAAAACUUCAUCUUACCCACAACGAGUACGUGUUACUUUUGGGUGCUGUAACAGAAUGUGAGCAUGAUUUAAGAACUUCGUACUUACCGAGUCUACUUCAUCGGCAACAGGCAAUUCAUCAAGAACUCGUAACAUCUUGGAAAUCCAUACUUCAGGACGUAGUGAGAUAUUCUGAUUUCACGACGGAAAAGUUUCAAGAAACUCACUUGCGAAUGCAAAAAGCUGUCGAUUCUGUAAAACCGGCAGAAGAAUGUAGGGACUUUAUGGCAGAGCAUAGAGCGCGAUCAGCAUCGCCGAUAAGAUUCACAUUCGACGAGAACCUUGUAGAUGAUACUUCAGGAAAACUGUUGCCGAAUAAAUUGACGGUCGAUAACUUGACAAUAGACUGGUUAAGAAAUCGACUAACAGAAUUGGAAGCUUCUUUGAAAGCGACUCAACAGAAUCGUCAAAAUCCUCAGCAUCCAUCGGAGAAUAACAGUGAUUCGAAGGCAUCAAUUUUGGACUAUACCCGCGAGAGAGAAGAACUACGAUUACGUUGCCAAGAGAAGAAGCUUCAGCGGCAAGUGGACGUUAUUAGAUCCGCUUUGAAUGAGUUAGGUUGCGAAGAAUUACCAUUGGGAUACGAUCUCUCCAUGGAAAGUACUUUCGUCGAUUCACCUGUUAUCACUAAGAAAACUGCAAUGCCAGAUAUCGGUUUAUUUACAUUACGAAGGAAUCAACGAUUUACGACAAUAUUUAGAUGUCCUUUCAAAUCUUUACCGAUGAUAAACAACACGAUAGAUGGAACGAUUAGAUCGAGUAGCGAAAGUCCUGCUUCGAAAACGAAUAAUACUUUAGUUGCACCGCUACGCGGAAUUUCGCAUUUAACGACCAAUCAAAAAGGAAGUGGAAAUGGCGAUCUCAUAGAAGAGGAGUGGUUCCAUGGCGUUUUGCCAAGGGAAGAAGUAGUAAGAUUACUUGUGAACGAAGGAGACUUUUUAGUACGUGAAACGACAAGGAACGACGAGUGCCAAAUAGUUUUAUCUGUUUGUUGGGAUGGACACAAACAUUUUAUCGUUCAGACAACGACCGAGGGACACUAUAGAUUCGAAGGUCCCACGUUUCCAUCUAUACAGGAGUUGAUCAGCCAUCAAUGGCUAUCCGGAUUACCCGUAACUAGCCGAUCCGGAGCAAUUCUGAAAACGCCGAUCUUACGUGAACGUUGGGAACUUAAUAACGACGAUGUAAUUCUUCUAGAAAAAAUUGGACGGGGUAACUUUGGGGAUGUAUAUAAAGCGCAACUUAAGACUUGUAAGACUGAAGUAGCUGUAAAAACUUGCAAAGUUACGUUGCCGGAUGAACAAAAACGUAAAUUCUUGCAGGAAGGACGAAUAUUAAAGCAAUACGAUCAUCCGAAUGUAGUAAAACUUAUCGGAAUCUGUGUUCAGAAGCAACCUAUUAUGAUCGUUAUGGAAUUGGUACCCGGUGGUUCCUUGCUAACAUAUUUAAGAAAAAGUGCCAGUAGUAUCACGCAAAAAGAACAAUUUCGUAUGUGUAAAGACGCAGCGGCAGGUAUGCGUUAUUUGGAAUCCAAGUAUUGUAUUCACAGAGACUUGGCGGCUCGAAAUUGUCUCGUAGGAUACGAGUCUAUAGUGAAAAUAUCAGAUUUUGGAAUGUCACGCGAAGAAGAAGAAUAUAUAGUUUCCGAUGGUAUGAAACAAAUUCCAAUCAAAUGGACCGCGCCGGAGGCAUUAAAUUUCGGCAAAUACACAUCGUUGUGCGAUGUUUGGAGUUACGGUGUCUUAAUGUGGGAAAUAUUUUCCAAGGGUGGAAAUCCAUACAGCGGAAUGUCUAACGCUCAGGCCCGUGAAAAAAUAGACACCGGUUACCGUAUGCCAGCUCCGGAAAACACGCCCGAUGAAAUAUAUCGUUUAAUGUUACGAUGCUGGGAAUACGAACCAGAAAAACGUCCACAUUUCGAUCAGAUUUAUACGGUUGUCGAAACAUUGUCUCAAGCAUAUUCAUAAGAAAUAAGUUUAUAUCGGUGCUAACUUUUAUCGAGAAUUACAUUACAUUCACGUUUAUUACAAAUCAUAUUCUCUGCUCGGAACUUGGGAGUUUCAUCAAAGAAAUAAUGCGGAUCGAUGUGUCCUAUCCAAACACCUGUACACGAUACGUUCGAUGGCUUACUGAACAACUUUGAAAGUAUUGUAUCUAUCUGAAUUUUCACUUUUUAUAUACCAAUACUUUCCUAAUUACCAGUGAGCUUAGCGCGAAUAGCUAAUAGACGUAAUAGAAAAUGAUAAUGACUUAAUUGUUACAAUCUUUGGUUACUAGC